UUUUUUUCUUUUUUUUUUUCCACUCUCCCUUUUCAUCGUUUACUCCAGAUCGCGUAGUAUGUCACUACACGUGAACAACGAGAUGGAUCACGAAACAACCAUGGAAAAGGGACUAGUAGCUGAUAUUGUCACUUCCAUCAUGACUCCUGGAUACACAGCCACUGGUGUGAUCAAAGCCAUGUUCUAUGCAUUUUAUGCUUUGUUUGCAACCUUAAUUGUCAUGGUGGUUAUCACAGGUGGUAAUGGUCAUGUCAUUGCUCUUUUACUUUUGGCCUUUUGUUUAUUUUUAGCUAUUCGAUGGUUUAUAGCGGAAAUGGACAAUCUCAAACGACAGCAUGACAAAAGUACAACAAAAAGCAUCAAGAAAAAGUCAAAAAAGAAGAAGAAGAAACAUUCAAGAAAAUAGUUGAUCUAGCAUCCAUUCUUUUGUGUAUUAUUUAGAUAGAUUUUUUUUUUACAAUAAAACAGAAAAGGGUAUUGUAGGAUUAUUAUUAUGAUUAUGGUUUG